AUGCUUGUGUUUGCAGAUAGUCGAGGCACAGGAAGUACUGAAUUUCUUGAUUUACAAUCAGUCAAUAACAAUAUCCAACGACGUACGCGCCUGCCUUGUCCAGCUGUGGCUGAUGGUGGAUCUGCGCUCUCGGUAAUCAGGAAGAACGUUGGCAAAGACUUGUCAACAAUUGCCAUGCCCAUCAGUAUGAACGAGCCAUUGAAUCUACUACAGAAAGCCUGUGAAGAGCUUGAGUACUGUGAGCUCUUAGAAAAGGCAUCUACACUGACAGACUCUAUGGAACGAUUGAUGUAUAUUACCACCUUUGUUAUUUCCACCUACGCAUCAUCUCAGUACCGAACAGGUCGAAAACCAUUCAACCCAAUGAUGGCAGAGACUUAUGAAAACAUUCGUCCCGAUAAAGGAUUUCGUUUCAUUGCUGAAAAAGUGUCUCAUAACCCAUUGAGAAUCGCUGCUCAUGCAGAAGCCAAAGGUUUCAGAUACUGGCAAUCAACAGAAGUAAAAAGCAAGUUUUGGGGAAAAUCUAUGGAAUUUAUGACGAAUGGUACUUUCCAUGUCACUCUCACGGGUCAUAAUGAUCAUUAUACGUUCUUUAAGCCUUCCAGUUGGAUGAAGAAUAUGAUUGCGGGUGAAAAGUAUUUGGAACACUCAGGUGAAUGUAAGGUUACCAACCAGACAACGGGUGAAUACGCCGUCAUUGUGUUUAAAGAAGGCAGUGGUGGUGGGUUAUUUGGUGCUCCAACAAAACGAAACGAUGUUGUAGCCACUCUUUAUGACACCCAGGGAACAAAGCAGCGUCGUAUAGUUGGCAAAUGGAGCGAGUCUCUUGCAGAAGAAGUAGGUUUAGACAAGAGUAAGCUCUCUGUUCUCUGGACAGCGCGUCCUCCUGGCGUGCCUGAUUACAACAAAUAUUAUGGCUUUACCAAGUUUGCUACAGAGCUAAACGAGAUUACAGAAAUUGAACAAGGCAAGUUACCCAUUACAGAUACCCGUCUUCGCCCUGAUCAGAGACUGUAUGAAGAAGGCCAAGUAGAUAAAGCGGAUCAAGAAAAACUUAGGAUUGAGCAACAACAAAGAGAAAAACGCAAAGAACUCGAGGCAGCCUGUAUCGAAUGGAAGCCUCAAUGGUUUACUUCUGAAGGUGAUGAAUGGAUCUAUGGUGGUCAGUACUGGCAUGCACGUGAAACAGGUCAAUGGCCCAAAGACAUAUUUCCUCUGUGGUAG